GAUAAAGAACAUUCAGGGAGGAGAAGCAGUGGCCUGCCAGCCCAGUCAGGAAGGUCCUCCCAGCGUAGAUUUCUGUAAAAGAUGACAGUUGGUAGAAUUCAAACUGAAGACAACCUCAAAGCAGGAGCGUUUUGGUUGGCGUUUCUUUAAAAUUCCAGCAGUUCUGAGCAGUUGGAGGUCAGGAGAGGUGGAUCUAACGGGAUCAGACUGUUCUUCUCCAAGCAGCCGGUCCCUCCUCGAGGUAGCAGGCUGCCACAGGCCACCAUGACGGAAUGGACCUUGCUCAAACGUCUCUUGGACGCCGUGCACCAGCACUCCACCAUGAUCGGCAGGCUGUGGCUCACCGUCAUGGUCAUCUUCCGGCUGCUUGUUGUCGCCGUGGCGACGGAGGACGUGUACACCGACGAGCAAGAGAUGUUUGUGUGCAACACGCUGCAGCCGGGAUGCUCCACCGUCUGCUAUGACGCCUUCGCGCCCAUCUCGCAACCUCGCUUCUGGGUCUUCCACAUCAUCAGCGUGUCCACGCCAUCGCUGUGCUUCAUCAUCUACACCUGGCACAACCUGUCCAAGCUUCCCCAAAAGACCAGCCAGUCACAGGGGCAGGAGCAAGAAGACUUCUCGGGGCAGUUGGGUCGGCAUGGUGGACGGGAGGCGUAUGGUCGGAGCUGUGACUCGGACAGCUGCUCCAUCAGCUCGCAUAAGCAUCUCGGGAGCAGCCUGGCAGACGUCCUUAAAGGCGCUACAGCCGAGGGCUUCCCAAAGGGAGACCCCAAAGACUUUUGCACCCAUAAAGACGGGAGUGCCGAAGGACACGCCGUCUCUGGAGGGGUCCUGUCCAAAUGUUACAUCUUACAUGUGUGUUUGCGUGCGCUUCUAGAAGUGGGAUUUGUGGUGGCCCAGUGGAAGCUCUUUGGUUUUCAGGUGCCGGUUCAUUUCCUGUGUUCCGCCGCCCCGUGCAGCCAGCCGGUUGACUGCUACGUCUCCAGGCCCACCGAGAAGACCAUCUUCCUGCUCUUUAUGUUCUGCGUGGGCGUUUUCUGUAUUGUGCUCAACUUGCUGGAACUCAACCACCUGGGCUGGAAGAAGAUCCGUCAGGCAGUGAAGAUGAGAGAGGGCGCCUCAUGGGGGCGCCGCCCGGGAAAGAGAUGCGGGUACGAAACCUUUCCAGCCGACACGCCCUCCAUCACAUCUUCUCUGGGCUUCAGGGAUGUGACAAGUACUACUUCACUGCCCACUUUGGACCUGGUGAUGGGCCACCAAGCAGACUGGACAUGUGGUGUGGACUUCGGCAGGAUGAGGGACGGUGAGGCGGUCACAGAGUUCAGGCUGGAGCAGCCAAAGAAGCAUAAAGAUCAAAAUAAGAAGGAGAAAAAAGCCUCAAAGCUGAGGAGUGCUGAUGAGGUUUGGAUAUAACCUCCUGUUUGGCUCGACCCACUGGUGGUUGAACUCUGAAACGCUGCCUCAAACUCAUAAAGGCUGCAAGUUCUUUUUGCAGCCUUUCCUUUUAAGGUCUAUCGCCACUGACAUUUGGAAAGUGUGGAUAAGCAAAAGCAAAAAUCUCUGCUUUUGUUCAGUUUACGGACUUUGGUUCAAAUUUUGGACCAAAUUUUCCUCGCAAUUUUAUGCUGAAUUCCAACGUGUUUGAGGAUGUACCAUCUGUGUCAGUGAGUGCGCUAUCUUAAGAGAUGCAAGCAUAUUUUAAAAUACAAGUAAGACAGCUAGCAAGUGCUUGGAGCUGAGUCGUCACAAUAGCAAAAAUUGCAAAUAAGACGCUCAAAAAAUGUCACUCUUUCAAUGAUAUUCAAUCAGCGUAUGUUCUUUGUUCAUUUCAGAGUACAGUACAGUACAGUCAUCCCUCUUUUAUUGCAGUUAAUUGGUUGCAAACCCAAGUGCGAUACGUGAAUUUUCACUAAGUUAGAAUUCAAUAUUAAUAAUCUGAAUAUUUUUGUAAUUAGAGCAUAGAAAACCUGUUUGUGACUUUCUGAAGACGGUCUUUAACAUUAGAGCCCUGUAGACAUGAAAUAACACCCCAUAGUCAUUAACACUCCUAUUACUCUUUGUUUACACCAGUGUGCAGGCUACGUGAUCACUGCAGCGACACAAGCCAGCCGCUACUAGCAGCAAGCUACCGAGCUAACUAGCUAGUUUCUUCACUUAUUCUAAACGAGUGUUUCAAAUGAAAUGGGGAAGAAGGAUAAGGUAAGAAGCCAAAAUCUUACCACUUCCACAUGGAAUGGGAGGAGAAUUUUGUUUCACUCUAUCAUGUCGGACAUGAUAGUGAUGAUGCAGUGUGAACGUAAUGUAAUAUAAACGUCAUGUCUCAUCAGUGUAACAUUACUGACACCUAGUGACCAGUACAUUACAUACUGUAUAACUUGUAUUUCAAUAUUUUUUUGACUAAUAAUAGGUUUGAAGCGGAUGACUAAUCCCUCGCCAAUACGCUCCCUGAAUUUUGCAGCUUUACUCUCACGUUUUUUCAAAAAUAUAUGAAUAAAUAAAUCAUACUGUUUUGUGGUUGAAUAAGAUCUAUUAUUGUUUUUUUUAAUGCAUAUUUAAGCAAAUGUUACAGUACUUUUUUCUAAAUUAAGCAUUUUCAAGCAUAAA